AGAGGGAGAAAUCCGCUCUGUCUUACAAGAGCAAAGCACUGCCCUGGGUCUUGGCAUGUUUGCACUAUUGGUGCAGCGCUGCACAGAACUUCUCAGAGAUAUACCUACAGAGUCUGAAGUGCAUUAUUCUUUUACAACCAGUUGCCAUAACUAAUGAGGAGGAGGAUAAACAGGAUGAGUUGGAGGGUAUGGUGAAAGUUUCUACUUUUCCACUGAACCUUAAAGAGCUACUGCCAAGCAUCAAGGUGUGGUCUGACUGGAUGUUGGGACACCCAAACCACUGGAACCCACCACCAUGCAGUCUAGAUUCUAGCCCUGAUGUUUGGCAGUGUCUGGCUGACCUGUGUAAUUUGCUGGCACACGUGGACCAUGGCGAGGUGCCGCUGUACAAAGCAGACACAGACGAAGUCCAGAGAGAUGAAGAGCUGGCUGUGCUGCUCCUGAAGGAGGACAGGCUGUUGGCUGGCUUUGUCCCGCUUCUGGCUGCUCCACAGGAGCCCUGUUACAUAGACAGACACACUGACAUGGCAAUAGCAGCCGAUUGUAAGAGAGUAAUAGUACUGAAGUACUUUCUGGAGGCUUUGUGUGGACAGGAAGAGCCUCUCUUGGCUUUCAAGGGAGGCAAAUACAUCACUGUAGCAACUCCUUCACUUAACCACUCAAAAGAGAGAAACAGCAGACAGGAUUUUUUCACAGAGGAAGAGCAGGGUGAUGACGUCCUAGUCGAGGGAGAGUCAUCUCCAUCUGCCUCUGAAGGAGAGGAGGAUGUGGAGGAGGCAGGGGAGAGUGACAGUGACAUUAGGGAGUUAAGAGCUCGUCGGCACGCCCUCGCCAACAAGCUGGCGCAGCAGCAGAGGCGCAGAGAUAAGAUACAGGAGGUGCUGCAGACAGGCGGAGUAUUGGAGCUGGAAGUGCAGCCUCUCUUCUUGGUUCCAGACACUAAUGGGUUCAUUGAUCACUUGGAGGGCCUGAAGAAACUACUCCAAUGUGGAACAUACAUUAUAGUUGUGCCACUUGUAGUAAUUACAGAGCUCGAUGGCUUGGCCAAAGGCCAGGACAACUUCGCUGGAGGGGCUGGGUUGUGUGGGCGCAGCACUGGAAGCCGUGGCAACUCCAAUAUCAGUGUGGCACAUCUACGGGCAGUGCAAGAGAAGGCCCGGUUGGCAGUGGCCUUUCUGGAAAAAGGGUUUGAGGCCAGGGAACAGUGUCUCAGAGCUCUAACAAGCAGAGGAAAUCAGCUCGAGUCAAUUGCUUUUCGCAGUGAAGAUACCUCUGGACAGCAGGGCAACAAUGAUGAUGUGAUCUUGUCAUGCUGUUUGCACUACUGCAAAGAGAAGGCAAAGGAUUUCAUGCCAAAUCAGAGAGGUGGGAUAGUGAGGCUGCGGAGAGAAGUGGUGCUUCUCACAGAUGACCGUAACCUUCGGGUCAAGGCGUUGACCCGCAAUGUCCCCGUCCGAGACAUCCCCGCUUUCCUCAGUUGGGCCAAAGUAGGCUGAAACGGGUUACGCGGAAAUAUAAGGAACCCAACUGCUGAAGCCUGCUUGCCACAUAGCCAGGAGAGAAGAUACACUUAAGCACAGGAAGAAAAGAGAGAAAACAUGGAGGGAACUGGAAUGAGAGAAACCACCUGAGACUGGGGAGGUUUCAGUGAGCUUGUCCCUCCUCUAGUGGAGUGUGUGUGAGUGUAUGUAUUGAGAUCAGUGAGCUUCCACAGAAGGAGAGAGACUUUCUAAGUCUCAAAAAGGCUGGACUGGAGAGGAGGAAAGAGAUAAGAAUGGGGCAUUGUUCAGGUUUCAGGUUGUCUGGUCCAGCCUCGUUAGGAAGUGAGUACUGUGCCAGCUGUGAAAAAGUACAAGAUUGAUCGUAUACAGCGGAGAGAGGGAGGGUGUUUUUGCUCAUUUAAAUGAGUAAUAACAACUGGUAUUGAGUCAAUAGCUGGUACUCUUACAUCUCUCAGAGCUUUGGCCUCUGCAGCAGAGCUGAAGGUAGGACACAGAAUCCCAGCUGGAGGGUCUGUGUCGAUACAGCAAAAAUGGGCUGCUUGUAGUGAGCGAUGUUACAAAUCCUCAUUCAGCCUGACGGCAUGUUCCCAUUAAUGCAGAAAAUGAUUGACACCAGUUAGGCAACUCUGGUGGCUCUUUCAUCUUGAUGCAAACAUCAGGUUUCUCAGAAUCUCCACAUAAUUUCAGAAAAUGUCAAAAAGUUCAUCAUUCUCUUUUGCUUUGGAGUCUUCUUUAACAAAGUUUUGUUUCCACAAACUAAAUCAUAAGUCUUGUAAGUCCACCUGUGCUUUGAGUUUGAUUUUUUUUUUUUUUUUUUUUUUUAAUGUGGGUAUAAACAUUCUUGUUAAUAAUAAAAUAAUCAGCUGUGGUAUACAGAGGCAACUCUUUCCAGUAGCAUUUCAUUAUUUACACGUUCUGUGUCUCCAAAAUACACUUUGUUGUUUAACCACCUGUUAUUUUCUCCUUGGAGAUAAACUUUGCCCAUCAAACACCUUCAAGUAACAAAAAUUAAACUUGUAGAUGAUUUGGGAUGGCCACCUGGAGGGGACUUGGUUUGGUCCUUUAUGAACUCUUUGAAGAUGCUGUAUGCCUGAAGACUAACAACUACGUACUUACACAACUUUUGUAUAUAGUUUUACAUUGCAGGUUUU